CAACCUUAACAGUCACGACGACAGCUCGGCGAACUGGCGACAGCUUGAGAAUUGCCCUGUCGCGACUUGCUACGCGCUACCGCCGUGCCAGCCCGUAUAUACACCUCCAUACGCAAAUGGACAUAAGUGGAUAGCUCAGCGUAACCUAGCCAUUCCAGCUCAGUCCGUCAACGCACCGACGUGACUGCCGAUGUCAGGAACGGAUGCUGGGCCGGGCUCAACGUCGUCGCGGGCCUCGCAGCUGCAGGAGCUACAACAACGCGCAAAAUCUCUGGAACGGCGACUUGCAGCGGCUGCUGGGCUGCACGACACCCUGUACGAGACCUCCAGCUACGAGUACCUCCCGCCCCCGCCGGGCGAGUCGCUUCUGCCACCUAAACCAGCGCGCACACAUGCAGCGGACCCAGCAGCUGGCAACGGCGGCGCGCCGCUCGGUGAUCCCUACGCCGCUUACUCCCCACUCUUCAGCAACUUCCCCAUCUACCACAGCAGGCCGCUGGGGCCAUGGGCCCCUGCCCCCUCACCAACGGGGUCAGGCGCCCUGUCCCCUCGCGGCAGCUCUGGGGGAGGUGCAAGUCCCACCAGCCAUGGGACUGGCGCCAGUAACACGACCAUCGACUGGGUUACGGCGGCACCGCUGCAGCCCCAGUCACCAUCGGCGCCACGCCCGCGGCCGUCGCAGAAACGGCAUGCAGCAGCGCUGACUGAGCCGGAGCCCAAGGUGCGUUUCCGGCAGCCGCCAGGCUCAGCUGCCGCUGUGGGGGAGGGUCGGACAUCUUCGCCCCUGGGCGCUUCCACUGGCGGUGAUGGUUCUGUUGCUGCAAGUGGGAGCAGCACGAGUGGCGUAGACGCCUUCAUCCCCAGCGCAAGCGUUGGCGGGAGCAAUAGCCCGCCACCGGUGGCAUCGGACACCGCGCGCACGCAGCACUGGCUAGAUGGCGUUCAGGCCGCCUCCGCCACCACGCUGUCGGCGGCAUUGGCAACUCCAGCAGCACAGAUGUCGCCGCCACCUGCAAGCUCAGAUUCUCCGCUGUGCCGCCUUCCUCCCAACACGUCGUAUGGGCGCGGGCCGGGCAGCACUAGCCCGCGGAGCGGAAGCGUCUCCCGCUCAUUGCACUCGGUGGGAGCUGCAGCCUCAGAGCCCAUCCACGGCCCGCAGCAGCAGUUUAAUCAAGGACAGCACCACGUGCACCUCCACCUCCAGCACCAGCAGCACCAGUGGAUGCAGCACCAGCAGCACCAGCAGCGCCAGCAAGGACUGCUGCAGCACACCGUUCAGCGGGCGGUGUGGCAUCAGGGUCAGCUCCGAAGGGUGGCGCCCCACGGAGCCCCGGCUUCCUUCUUUCCCUUCUCAUCAUCCCCCAAGUCCGCCAUCCCCUACGUCCCCGCCCUGCCGCCUCCCUCCCCCCGGCCGCUGCCCGAGUCCACGGCGGCCGUGGCGCGGCGACCCCUGGGAGACCGCAUCCAGAACACCACGUGGGCGUUGGCGCGGGCGUUUGGCUUCCAGGCCUUCAACGAGAAGCCCUCAGCCGCCCCCCACCCAGCGCACCAGCAGCAGCCACGGCAGUGGGUUCCCUCCACGGCCUUCGUCGCAGCCGACCACCUCGAGGCGCUGCUGCUGCGAAACAUCAUGCCCCGACAUCUCGCCGCCAUGAAGGGCGGCGGAGCCGGCGACCCUGCUGCGGCGGCAGGAGGAGACGAGCCGCAGCGUGAGGCGGCGUUCGCGUGCGCGGUGUGGGAGCUGCACUCGCACAUCUUCCUGUCCUACGAGGGCGCUGCUGGCUGGUGCCGGCUGCUGGGUCUGCGGCCGCGGCUUGCGGAGGUGGAGGCCGAGGUGCUGCAGGCGCCCGGCCGCACCGCCCAGGACCCUGCCGUCGUGUCGGUGCUGCUCCUGGAGCUGUGCCUGUACUUCCUGCUGUACAGCGAGGCAGCAAACUUGCGCCACACGCCCGAGCUGCUGUGGUUCCUGUUCUGGGCGGCGGCGCACAGCGACACCAUGCAGCGCCUGUGCCGCAACAGCGCCGCCCUCACGUCGCCCGCCAGCGGCCCCGGCGGGCUGCAGCUGGAGAACGCGCGGCAACGGCGACUGGCCAUGCGCAAUACGCUGCAGUCCGCGCUGUACACCGCCCAGCGCUACCUGGACCAUGACCCCGCAGCCUGCCGCCCCGAGGUCUGCGUGGAGGCUGCCACCACCCUCGCCGCCCAGCUGCCCGGCCUGCUGCCCAGGCUCAACCUCCCCGGCCCUCCCGCCUCCGCCGGGCCCUCCUCGUCCUCCUCUCCCACCAAGGGCCGCACUCGAUCUGCCGCGGACGAGCAAGACGACGCCGCGCUCUCCUGCGCCGCCAGCCGCUCCCUUUUUGUGGACCUGGCGUCAUUCGGCGACGGCGGCUUCUGGACCGAUGUGGUGGUUGCGCCGCUGUUCACGGUGCUGGCAUACGAGGUGGACGCCUGCUCCGCCGCCGGCCAGGAGUCGGCGUUUCGACUGGGCUAUGACGACGUGAAUGAAUCGCUGUGCCGGCGUGACGUGCUGAGCAGGCUGCUGGCGGAGCUGGGCGUGCAGCAGGCGGACGCAGCAGCCGGCACCGUGCACGGAGCGCUCGACGCAAUCACACGACUCGGCUACCCGCCGUCGGUUGCUGUUGGCGGCGCCGCUGUUGCCACGGGCCCCGACGGCACCGUCCCGCCUGCCGACGCCGACGCUCACGGUCACAGUCACCUGCGCCGCCGCCACAACCGCUCCUCUGGCGGCGGCGCCAGCCCCACCUUCGCCAACUCCGCCACUCCCGCCAUCUCCUCCUCUUCCCACCUGGACCUUCGUGCCUUUGACGUGGAUGCCGCCGCCGCGUUCUGGCUGGACCGCGUCUUCAUUAAGACCCACCGCGAGCGGCGCAGCUGGUCCGCCAUCUUCCGCGCCUUCUACCGCGUCUUCAGCCUGCAGCUGGUGCUUCUGCACCUGACCAUCGCGCAUGCCUUCGCGCCCUUUGACCUGGCGGUGCUGUCCAGCGCCGUGGUCACGCACGCGCUGGUGCAGGCGGCCGAGCGCGCCGCCAAUUGGUGGCUCAGCCGCGGCACACACGACCCACUGCAGCGGGCCAAGGCACGGGAGAGCUGGGUCAGCGCAUCGCCUGAGAAGCUCAUGGCCGCGCACCUCGCCAAGACCAAAGCCGGCAAGAAGGGCAAGCAGGCUCAGGAGGCUGGGGAGGACGUGGAGGCAAGCGGCGGCAGCAGCGGCACUGCCGCAGAGCAGCAGCAGUCGGCGGCGGCGGCAGGAGCUGCAGGCGGCAGCCGUCUGACAGAUGCGGAGGCGGUGGCGGCGCGACUGGAACGCCGCCGCGCCGUUGCCGUGGAGGGCGCCCCCGUGUGGGGCGUGUGCGGCUGGCUGGAGUGGGUAAUAGUGGCUGCGGGCAUUACCGGCCUGUUUGCGCUGCAGCACAUCGGCCCGCCCGCCCUGGCAGUCAUGGCCAAGAGCUAUUGGCCGUUCGCGGUGGCCGGAUACGCGGUGGCGGUGGUUGGGCACGGUCUCGCCACCGGUCGCGACGGCUACAGCAUCUCGCUCAGCUCGGCGCUGCGGCUGCCGGCUGCGCUCCGUGCCUCCAGCGCCCGGCCCCGCGCCGAAUGCUGGCUCCCCGGGCACCUGGGUGUGGGCUGGCGCGCGGCCUUGCUGACCGCCCUGUUCUGGCUGCAAGUGCUUGGUGCCAAGCUGGCGUUCGACUACUUUAUCAUCAUGCGGCCCAUGGCGGGCCAGGUGCGCUUCAUCCUGCACCGCAACUGGCUGGGCUGCCCCGCCGCGCAGACGCACUACCGGCUGUUUGGGGCCAUGGCGCUGCCGCUGGCGUGCGCGGAUGGCGACUGGCUGUUGGUGGUGCUGCGCGUGGCGCCGUUCGUGCUGGUGUGUCUGGUGGACACGCAGAUCUUCUACCAGCUGGUGCUCAUGGCGUGGGGCCUGGUGCAGGGGCUGCAGGCCAUGAACCUGGGCAUCGCCGGAAGCUGGGAGGCGCUGGUGGCGGAGUUCCACCGCGCGCCGGUGCGCUGGUGGGCGCGAUGCAUGAGCGCGGCUGGAAACCAGGCGGCCAGGGCGGCGGCCGCGGCCUCCGUGGCGCGGCGGCAGCACGCAAUCACAGGCAUCGGCAGCAGCAGCGCUGCCGCAGCCGGCGGGGCCCGCGGCUCAGAGGGCAGGACGGACGAUGAGUACGGCAGCAGUAGCGGCGGCGACGAUGACGGCGACAACUCGGAGUACGACAGCGAGUUUGAGUACGGCAGUGUGUACGGCGGCGCCGGCAGUAGCAAGCGGGGUGGGCUGUUCGGGCGCCGCAGCGGGUCCGCAAGUAGCCUCCACAGCAGCAGCCUGCACGAUUGCGCCCCUUCGCCAGGGCCCUUCGACCGUCGCCCGGGCACGGCAGGCGUGGCUGGGCCGCAGCGGGGCCCACGGCCCUCCCGGCCGCCGCACCGCCGCUCGCCCUCGCCCGCACCCUCGGCCGCCCUCGCUGCUGCGGCCUCUUCUAGCGGCACACCCACGUCGGCAGACGCCACCUCUGCGGACCCCUCCGCAGAGACCAUUGUCGGGCGCAAUGACAGGAAGAGGAACAGAGACGGCAAGGGUAAGGCCAAGGGCGGCAAGGCGCGUGACGCCGGCACAGCCGCCGAGCUAGUUGCGAUGCUGAGCGGCCAGGGCGAGGAGCAGAUCGCGCAGUGGAUGGCGUUCGCUGUGGCAUGGGACGCUGUGGUCGAGGACCUGCGCCGCGCGGACCUCAUCAGCGACCGCGAGCAAGACAACCUCAUGUUCACUCGCCUGCCCGCCGCCGCCACGCUCCUCACCGCGGCGCUGCCGCCUACAGCUGCCGGCACGGCGCUGGCGGCGGCCGGCUUCAGUCCUGACUCGCCGUCUGCGGCGGCCGCGGCGCCUGGCCGCGGCAGUGACUCCGUCUCCGGCGACUCCGUUGGCGCUGGCAGCAGUGGCGGUAGCAGCAACAGCACUGCGGCUGGCGGCGGCCCCUCAAGCAGCCGUCCGCUGCGCCCCAUCCUGCUCCCCGCAUUCUUCUAUGCGGGUCAGGUGCAGCGGGCGGUGGACUCGGGCGCUGCCUCGCCGGCCCAGGCGCUUGUGCUUGGCGAGCUGCGUUCGGCGCUGGUGUGGCUGGGCUGCCAGCUGCGGCUGCUGGACGGCCGCACGGCGGCGGUGCUGUUGGACGCGCCCAGCUGCAGCGCAGCCAUCGACCCCGCUCACGGCCGCGCGAGGGAGGCGGGUCUGGCGGCGCUGCGGCGGCUGGCGGCGGCUCUGACGGGCCUCAGCGAGCCGCUGCCGGCUGCGGGCAGCGGCACUGUGGGCGAGGCUUUGCGGCGGCGUCACGGCCUGGCGUCUGAGGCUCAGGCGGCUCUGGAUGACGUCUUGGUGGUGGUGGAGGUGGAGGCGCGGGCGGUCAUCAAGUCGCAACUGGCCGCCAGCCGCAAGGGCAGCAAGAAGGGCGGACGCAAGGACAAGACUGCCGCCGCUGUCACCGGCCCUGACGCGCAGCCGGCGCCGGCCGAGGGUGCUAAAGCUGCAUCCGCAGAGGAGGCUGCAGCCGCUGCUGCUGACCCGCAAGUCGCCGCCCUGGAGGUCCUGCAGACAGUGGAGUCCCUGCGGACCCAGCUGAAACAGCACCCGGCGUGGCUGGCGGGUGCGCUGGCGCUGCUGCAUCCGGAGGGCCGUGGCUGCGGUGACGUGCACCUGCCGUCCGCCUCCUCCCUGUCCUCCGCCGCCGCCAGCCCCGGUUCUGGUGACCGCGUGCUGCACGUGUCUGUGGAGCUGCCUCUGCUGCGGCGUGUGCUGGGCGUGGUGUCCAAGAUGCUGAGCCUGUCGUCCGCCGCCGCGCAGCCCUCCGGCGCCGAGGCCCGCCGCAUCCUCAGCUUCUUCGUAACCUCCCUGGCCAACCGCCAGCUGGGCCGACCCGACACCGUGGCUGCCACGCCAUCCUGGACCGUGCUCACGCCGCUGUACGCCGAGGACGUCCUCUUCCCACUCGAGGCACGUGCCACCGCCGAGGCACUGGGCCUGCCUAUGCCACGUGGCGACCCAGCCGCUGCCGCCGCCUCCGACACCGCACCCCACCCCUCGUCGCACGUUUCGUCACCAGCCGGCACCGGCGCCCUGCCCGACCUCCUGACUGAGACCGAGGAGCGCGUGAGUCUCAUGGCCUACCUCCGCUCCAUGUUCCCCAAGGACUGGGAGAACUUCAAGGAGCGACUGGGUGCGGAGCUGGGCGGAGUGCAGCUGGCCGCAGCCACCGAGGCCGACUUUGCGGCGGGCGGCCCCUUGGCGGAACACGGCCUGGCUCUGCAGCUGUGGGCGAGCUACCGCGGGCAGCUGCUAGCACGCACGGUGCGCGGCAUGGCGGCGUAUGGCAGCGCGCUGAGGGUGCUGGCGGCGCUGGAGGCCCCGCGGCCGCCCUGCAGCAGCCGGCGCCAGCACGCUGCGGAGGUGGAGGACGUGGUGGGCGGCAAGUUCUGCCACGUGGUCGCGAGCCAGCUGUACGGACGGCACCGCCGCUCACCACACCUGCGCGAGCGCUGGCUGGCAGAGAGCACGGACGUGCUGCUUCAGGCCAACCCGCACAUGCGUGUGUCCUACCUGGACGUCGUGCACCAGGGCCCCAAGCAGGGCAAGGGCCAGCAGCACCAGCAGCAGCUGCAGCUGCCGCAGCACUUUGCGGUGCUGAUCCGGGGCCGGCAGCCAGGCAGCGAGGGCCGCUGGGAGAGCUUUCAAUCGCACGGCGGAGCCGGGAGUGAUGCUGGCGGCGUGACGGCGGGCGGCGCUGUGCGCGGCGCGAGCAGGGGCAGGACUGAGGAGCUUUACCGCGUGCGGCUGCCCACCAACCGCUUCUCCUCUCGCGGCGUCAUCCUCGGCGAGGGCAAGCCCGAGAACCAGAACCACGCCGUCAUCUUCUGCUUCGGCGAGGCGCUGCAGACCAUCGACAUGAACCAAGACAACGCGCUGGCGGAGGCGCUCAAAAUGAGGAACCUGCUGAAGGAGCUGCGGCCGGAGGCAGUGAGCCGCCCGGCGCAGAAGGCCGCGGCGGCGCUGCAGGAGGCGGUGGCGCUGGCGGCGGCCGAUGGGCUGCCGGCAUCACACCGCGUCGGCAGCGCCACCAGCAGCAGUGCGGACACUGGCGGGCCCUCAGGCGCCGCAGCGGCCUCCGGAGCGGUCGCCCUGCCCGCUGCGUCCGAGUACCGGCGGCUGCUGAGUGAGCUGCGCAACGCCGAGCGGCCCGUGGCGGUUGCGGGCUUCCGGGAGUGGAUCUUCAGCGACAAGGCGGGGGCGCUGGGUGCGUUCGCCGCCAGCGCCGAAUUCGCGUUCGGGACCAUCGUGCAGCGGACCAUGGCCUACCCCGCCGCCGUGCGCCUGCACUACGGCCACCCCGACCUCUUCAACAAGAUCUUCGUAAUGACGCGGGGCGGGCUGUCCAAGGCCACUCGGCAGCUGCACGUGUCUGAGGACAUCUUUGGCGGCAUGAAUCAUACACUGCGCGGUGGCCAGAUCAAGUACCGCGAGUACAUCAGCUGCGGCAAGGGCCGUGACAUGGGCUUUGACUCCAUCAACGCCUUCGAGGCCAAGAUCAGUUCGGGAUUUGGCGAGGUGUCCCUCAGUCGCGACCUGCUGCGCCUGGCCACCCGCGUGGACCUGUGGCGCUGCCUGCACCUGUACCACUCGCUGGUGGGGAACUACAUCAACACCUGGCUCGUCAUGGGCUCAGUCUACGCACACAUCUACGCGCUCGUCUUCUUCGCGCUGGCCCAGGCCGCCGUCUACCGCGUCUUCGUCUACUACCCCUCCCCGCCGCCGCCGCCGCCCGGAACGCCGCUGGUGCCCGUGGGCCCGGCCGGCGCGCCGCCGCCGCCCGCCGGCACGCUGAAGGAGGUCCUUGCGUACGACACGAUCCGUGUGGAGCACGUGCUGCAGCUGGGCCUGCUGUCGCUGCUGCCGUACAUUGCGGAGGUGGCGCUGGAGCAGGGGCUGGUGCGCGCGCUGCUGGCGGCGCUCGCGCAGCUGGUCAGCGGCUCCUUCAGCUUCUUCAUCUUCAAGCAGCAGACCACCGCCGCCUCGCUGCACUCCUCAGUCAUGUACGGAGGAGCCUCCUACAUCGCCACCGGCCGCGGCUUCUCCAUCACGUCCUCAUCCUUCCUCAACCUCUUCGCAAACUACGGUCGCUCGCACAUGGCUCUGGGCUUUGAGCUGGCAGCGCUGGCCAUUGCGCUGGCAGCCACAAACGACUGCGCGCGCUGCUCGUACGGCGGGCUGACGUGGGGCACGUGGCUGGCGGCGGUGAGCCUGGUGUUUGCGCCGUGCUGGUUCAACCCCAUGGCUUUCUCGCCCGCCAAGGUGCGGCGCGACAUGCACGCCUUCGCCGCCUGGCUGCGUGGCGAGGUGGACAAGGAGCUGGGCUGCACCUGGGCGCAGUGGCACAGGCGGCAGCUGGCGCCGGCGCGCGGCGAGGCGGCGGCGGGCGGCGGUCAGACCGACCGGUGGCUCAACGUGCUCCAAAACCUGAUGCUGCGCGCAUUCCCGCCCGCGCUGCUGACGGUGGCGGCAGCCUCCCGGCUCAACCUGCGCCUAGACAAGCUGCCUGGACUGCCGGCGCCGCUGCGAAGCGCCUCGGCCCUGUUCCUGAUCGCAAGCGCUGGGCUGUGGGCGGUUCUGAUCUCGGCAAUGGGCGCGUCCCGGCGCUUUGCGGCGCUGUCGGACCGGCGGCGCUGGCGUCUGUGGUCGUUCUGGGUGGGUGUCUCCGGCGUGUCGUGCGCCGUGCUGUUUCUGGUGGGCCUGUCCCGCUGGUACUCGGGCUCGGGCCUCAGCAACCUGUGCCUCCUGGUCUACGCCAACGCGCUCCUGGCCACGGCCGUGCACCGCGGACUGGAGGCCGUGGCACCGCGCUCCUGGACCGGCGCGCGGCGGCUGGUGGACGGCGGCCACAUGCUGCUGGACUGCUGCGUGGGCUGGGCCGUGCUGGGCAUGCUGGGCGCGCUGAGCCUGCUGGGCUUCGUGGGGCGCGUGCAGACCAUGCUGCUCUUCAACGUGACUUUUGCGCGCUCCGUCAAGCGGGGCAGCCUGGUCAAGACCAUCGGCACCGCCAAGACGGGCGGCGGGCAGCAGCAGGGCACCACCGCCAUUGUGGGGAUGGUGCUGGAUCAGGGAGAUGCGGCCGGGGCACAUGUGGGCGAGGCGGAAGCGGAGGUUGCGGGCGGGGGUGCCGCGGGUGCGGGCGGCAGGACGUCGGCGGUGGCGGUGGCUGGGCGGAGGCUUAGGACUGGUGGCAGGCGCGGCAGCAUUGGGCCGGACCGCGUGUGAGGCGGCUAGCAGUAAAACCGAGCUCCCAAUUGUUAGUUGUACAUACAGUAAGCAACGGUCAGGAGCAUUGCCGGGUAGGGUGGCACACCGGUUGCAAAUGGUAUAAACACCAAGCACAUUGAUCCAUGUACAUGCAGGCUGUGACGUAAAUGCCUAAUCACUACUUCAUCCAACAUUCGUGUGAGGGUUCGGGUGGCAAGCAGUUUCCCUGCAUCUGGGGUGAUGUUCCAGUAUCAUAUUGUUGAGUGCCUGGUAGUGCGCGAAUCUGUUUGCUUGCCAAAGACUAUGCACAUUCCCUUUGUGAUCUUCAUGCACGCAACUCAUGUGUGGGGGCUUAACAUGUUAUGGCUGGGGUAGGUUGUUGCAGGUAUGCAUGGCAACGGUGCGUUAUGUUGGCGGGGUGUGCGGUGUGUAUUGAUGUGUUUUGAUGUGUUACUGGUUGCAGGGUAGUGUAAUACUAGAGGUCCAAAACUGCACCGUUACAAGUAGCAUUUGGGGUGCAGGGCGGCGUAGUGCUUACUGAAUGCCGCGAUUGCAGCAGGGGGCCGGGGGCGGGCCGGAAGGGACUACCAUUGAAGAACGCAUACGGUGUGGCGUGGCUGAAGGGCCUAGCUAAUCACCGACUGCAACACUUUGCGGCGGCGUCCCGCGCAAAUGAAGCAGCCUGCCUCGGUGCGACAAGGUAAGAGCUUUGUGAUUGUGGCAUUCCACCAUAGUGCGCGAUGUACGUGAAUAUGAACUAAAGAUGCGUCAUGGACGAGAAGGCAGGUAGACAUUGGCGGAGACAGCUUCAUUAUUGACAGGAUAACCAUCAAGUGACCCGCGUAUGGAGUAGCUAGCGGAUUGGAGAGGUGCUGACUGGUGAGCGGCUGCAAGGCUGCGUCUCACGCGAAGUAAGCCACCGCGUGUCGGUGUGUGCUUUCUGCCGACUGUGCACACCAGGAUUAAGUUAUCAUCAUG